CUUUGCGAUCUCUUUCCAAGAAGCAUUUUCUUUCGAGGGUCUAGUUCGCGGUCUUGCCACAUUAGAAUAUAUAUCUAUACCUUUUGUUUCUGCGCUCUUGCUGAAGGGAUUUAACUGAGAAUGCUCAGAACAGUGAAAGCUCGCACUGCAGCUGGAAAGCGUGCUCUAAAGAAACGUGAGCCUCAAACUAUCGAGGAAGCCAAGCCUGCAGUGUUUAUUAAAGGCACUACAACGAGCCAGCUCGUAAUGUCGGUCCUUAAGGAUUUGUAUUCGCUCAAACGCCCGGAUGCUGUACUAUUUGGCAAACGCAAUGAAGUCAGACCUUUCGACGACCCUCGCCCUCUUGAAUUCUUCUCUCAAAAGAAUGAUGCUGCACUAUUUGUCAUUGCAAGUCAUAGCAAGAAGAGGCCUCACAACCUUGUGUUUGCGCGAACAUUUGACUACCAACUUUUAGAUAUGGUGGAGGUCGGAGUGGAAAAAGGGGUUCCUAUGGAGAUGUUCAAAACGACGAAAUCCGCAGUUGGUCAUCGACCACUACUUGUCUUUUCUGGGGAUGCGUGGGACUCUACAGACGAGCUCCGCACCCUCAAAUCCAUCCUUCUCGAUAUGUACCGUGGGGCAACCAGUAACGACAUGGUAAAUUUAGCGGGGGUGGAGCACCUUAUUUGCAUUACAGCAGAGAGUGCACAGAAAGUAUAUCUGCGGACAUAUACGAUACAACUGAAGAAGAGUGGAACACGAUUACCAAGGGUAGAGUUGGAGGAAAUGGGACCUGCUUGUGAUUUGGUUAUCAGGCGUUGUAGGACCGCAGACACGGAUCUGUGGAAGGCAGCCACUAGGGUGCCCAAGGAGCUGAAGCCUCAGAAGGAAAAGAAUAUUGAACGGAAUGAGCUUGGUGAUAAGAUGGGACGAAUUCACAUGCACAAGCAGGAUCUCGGAAAGCUGCAGACAAGGAAGAUGAAGGGUUUGAAGCGAGGUCCUGCAGAAGAUGAGAACGAGGAUGAGGAGGAAGGACAAAGCAAAAAGCGAAGAGAGGAUUGACUGUAUAUAGGUGUGGCUGAUGACUGAUCGUCGUUAUUGAUGCUUUGUAUUACAUUUUGUAUAUUUACUUGCAUAACUUAGUCUUGCUCGUCUACAUUUAAGUACAUUAUUGAAGCUCCAUCCUACAAUCGCAUGAAACUCCAGA